AUGGCUGGCUUCAAUGAUGCCCCCAUCAUCCAGAAGCUGGCCGUCCCUGGCGUGACCCUGCUCAUCCUCUUCCUGGGGUACUCCUCUCAGUACCUGUUCCUCACAGCGGCCGAUCUGGCCCCUGGGCCCCUCACAUCAUCACAGCUCUACACCUUCAACGGCCUUCUGUUAUGUCUGUGGUUCACCUACUACAAGGCAUGUACCGUCGAUCCUGGUCGCUACAUCUUCACCUCCAAGACCCAUGAGGUGCCCGACGACGACAACGACAACGGCGACAAGACGAAUUCGUCCCACGAUGACAACCUCAACAGCUACGCCCGCUGGUGCCGCAAGUGCGAGGCCCCCAAGCCCCCACGCGCCCACCACUGCCGGACGUGCCGCCGCUGUAUCCCCAAGAUGGACCACCACUGCCCCUGGACGACAAACUGCGUCUCGCUGACGACGCUGCCGCACUUUCUCCGCUUCCUCGUCUACACCAACCUCGCCCUCGCCUACCUCUCCUACCUCCUCUUCCUCCGCUUCGCCGCCCUCUGGUCCGACCGCCGCCUGCCGGCCUACCUGGGCCCCUCGCUGCCGGCCCUGACCCACCUCGCCUGCCUCGCGGGCGUCGACUUUCUCACCUCGGUCGCCCUGGGCAUCAUGCUCGCCACGACGACCUACCACUGGCUCUUCAACAUGACGACCAUUGAGUCCUGGGAGGCCGACCGCCACGACGACCUCGUCGCCAGCCGCGGCGGCCGCGCCUGGUGGGACGCCGGCCUUGCCCCCUACCAGCGCGUCGAGUUCCCCUACGACCUCGGCCUCUUCGCCAACCUCGCCGCCGCCAUGGGCACCCGCAACCCCCUCCUCUGGCUCGCCCCCUGGGCCGCCGGCCCCUCCGUCUCGCCCGUCGAGGGCCAGGGCCCCCGGCUGGACGGCAUGUGGCCGCCGCCCGACCCCAGCAAGAUGCGCGGCCGCGGCGCCUGGCCCGCCGCCAGGGCCGCCCUCGACAGGGAGGGCCAGGGGCCGCGGUACGCCACCCCCGCCGAGGACAUGGCUGCCUUUCGCCGCCGCCAGGAGGCCGACCUCCGCCGCUGGCAGGGCAGCAGGGCCGAGAUUAUGGACGAGCUCGAGGAGGGCGAGGAGUACGACAUGCUGGACGGGGAUGCCGAGGACGGCGUGCGCCUGAACGACGCUGCCGGCGGCGCGGCCUGGACCAACUCGGACGGCGAGAGGCUGUACGACUACGGCGUCGACGAGGACGCCGAGAACACAGAACUCGACCUCCGCCACACCAUCGUCGGCGAAGCCGAUGACGACGUGCCCCUGGCAGAGCUCCUGCGUCGGAGAAAGAUCCGCCAAAAGGACGGCGAGGAGUAA